AACGUGUUAGUGAAAUGGCCAAUGCAUAAUAAUUGCAUAUAAAAACUAAACAGUGUUGUUGAUUAGGUGUGACAGAACAGCAGAAGGGAAGAAGAUGGACUUACUGGAGUUAUGGGCAAUUUUCGGCCCCGGCGUCGCCGGCGCUGUCUUCGGCGCCGGAUGGUGGAUCUGGCUUGACGCCGUCGUCUGCAGCUUGGUCACCGUUCCCUUCCUUCACUACCUUCCCGGAAUUUUCGCAUCUUUUGCGGCUUUGAUGUUCAAUUGCGUUAGAAAAGAAGACAUCGAUUAUUCUCCAUAUGACGAAGGCGAGUGGAGACUGAAGCUGUGGCUCUUCAUUGCAUAUGUUGUAUCCUUUGUUUCUUUAGCUGGAUCAGCUGGCCUACUGAUCCAAGAUUCACUUGAUAAAUCUGCCCCUUCAGUUUGGACUGGAGUUGCAGGUGUUUUGCAGUGUGUUUUUGUCUUGAUCAGUGGACUGGUAUAUUGGACUUCUCAUCCUGAAUAAGUUGCACCAAGAUAUGACUCGGAGCUUCAAACUAUACCAGGUUAUGCCCACCCAUGUAUUGUCUUGUUUGUUUUAUGUGAUGUUAAGUCGCUGGCUUCAUGUAAAUCAGUAAAUGUAAAUUGUGCUAACAAUCUUGAGCCUCUGGGUAGAUUUAUCUCUCUUGUUUCGUAUAGUUGAUCAAGAUCUAUUACCAAUUUCAGUCGCUUGGUGUUGACAUCUAUGAAGAUUCCCCCCACCCCUCGUUUUCUCAGUAGUUUGAACUCACAGCAUACAGGAAAGGAAACCCUUUAUGGUUAUAACUGAGAAUAACUCUGUUGACUGCAUCUAUGUUUUUGACUAGAAAAACUUACUCGAGAAUUCAGAUUGGUUAUGUACGAAAGUUUGUGUAAAUAACAUUAUUCGCUUAA